UUUGGGUUUUUUCCCUCUGCAACGAAACCUUUUGAAAAUUUUGGUGGUGGAAGAAAAUGGCUGAAUGGAAGAAAUGGGCUUCGAUAAUCUCCGUUGUCGCGUCUUCUCUGUUCUCGUUCCUCAUCGUCUUCCAGAUUCCUCUUUUCAGAGUAGCGUGUAGGAACAAGAGGUGCGAAACACCAUUAGAGGUUAUAUCCUCUGAGUUGAUUGCAAAUGAACUGGUCCCUUCAUAUGUUGUCAAGACCUUCCUUUUCCCUGGUGCCUUUGCCAAGUCUCUCCUUGCUGCUGGCUCCUCCAACUAUCACAACUUGUUCACCUCUUACGGUUUCGACCACAUUUAUCCAUCCUCCUUUUCAACUGAUAUUCAUCAUCUCGAGGUCUUUGCUGGGAGUUGUUUAUGUCUGCUUGGUGCUUUACUGAACAUCUUCAAACCCACAAGGAUUAGCUUCCUCGGAACGCUUUUGAUCUACUGGGGUCUUGUCAGAGACAUGCUUCUCUUGGACUCUGCUCAUUAUUGGAUUACCUCACAGAGAAACUCUGUUCGUGUCUACCCAAUGCUCUUUCUUGCUUCCCUUUCUGCGUUUCUCUCCAUGCGAAGCGACCUCAGGAAGAUCAUCAGAUGUUGCAGAUCUAUGCCCUCCUUAUCCACCAAAGGAGACUAGGCUUCUCUGCUUCACCAACUUAAUUCAAUAGACAGAUUCCAGUGACAUAGUAAAACAACAACUCAUUUUGUUUUUCUUUUUUCUCUUUCUGUAACUUAGGAUGUUUACAAUCAAUCUUCCUAAUGAUGAAUGUGCGAUUAAGGUUUCACUAA